AUCAAGCCUUCUGUAAGUCACAGGCACAUGCAUCAUCUUACACUUUACUGUAGGUAACCACACUGAUUUCCACCAUUGUCCCCAACACAGUCAAAUUUGUACUGUCUGCCAAUCGCCCCCACAACGACCACAACGGCCUCCCUACUUCCUAUACUUUUUCCUAUAAUCUCUGACCAGAAUGCCGUUGGGAGCCCCGUUAUACGGCUCAUUAAUGAGCCUCUCUUGUCCGAGGGAUGAUGCCAUGAAUUAACUUCUAUCUCGUGAUGGGCGAAACGCCUAGUUAACUUCUGUCAUUGCUACUAAGUGCCCAUUAGGCCACCCCUGCCCUAUAAAUCCCCAUUGCCCAGGACUCUCAAUUUGCAAUUCAAGCUUCCAAUUUGAUUCAGUUGAGUGUUUGCUGAAGCGAAAAUGGGGAGUUUUUCCAGUUUGUUGGUGUUGUUGUGUGUUUUGAUGUUGGUGAAACAAGGUACAGCCAAUUACAACAGUUCUCUGAGCUAUCAGCACCAUCAAAGGUCUCCUGCUUUGCAUAACUACAGAGAAGCCCUGUCAAAAGCCAUUCUGUUCUUUGAGGGCCAACGCUCUGGGAAGCUCCCUGCCAAUCAACGCAUUAGCUGGAGAAGAAACUCGGGUCUUUCUGAUGGUGCUUCUGCCCAUGUGGACUUAACAGGAGGAUACUAUGAUGCGGGAGACAAUGUUAAGUUUGGAUUCCCAAUGGCCUUCACAACCACAAUGCUGUCUUGGAGUGUUUUGGAGUUUGGUGGAUUCAUGGGCAGUGAGCUCUCUAAUGCAAGGACUGCCAUACGCUGGGCCACUGAUUACCUUCUCAAGGCUACUGCUCACCCAGGCACCAUAUAUGUUCAGGUUGGGGAUCCUAACAAUGACCACAAAUGCUGGGAGAGGCCAGAGGACAUGGACACCGCCAGAACUGCAUAUAAGAUAGAUAGCCAAAACCCUGGCUCAGAUGUUGCUGCCGAAACAGCUGCAGCACUUGCAGCUGCCUCCCUAGUGUUUCGUAAAACAGACCCUUCCUAUUCCAAGAGACUCAUUCAUGCUUCCAUGAUGGUUUUUGACUUCGCUGAUAAGCACAGAGGACCUUACAGCAACUCGCUCAAGUCUGCAGUCUGUCCAUUCUAUUGCUCUUAUUCUGGGUACCAGGAUGAACUGCUAUGGGGAGCUGCAUGGCUGCACAAGGCAACGAAAAAUCCUAAAUAUUUGAACUACGUUCAAGCAAACGGCCAGAGUUUAGGAGCUGAUGAAUCAGACAAUACAUUUGGGUGGGACAAUAAACAUGUUGGAGCCCGAGUGCUUUUAUCAAAGGAAUUCUUGAUAGGAAAAGUAAAAUCUCUUCAAGACUACAAAGGUCAUGCUGACAACUAUAUCUGCUCCAUCCUGCCUGGAACGGCAGCUUCUGGGUCUAAAUACACACCAGGAGGACUUCUCUACACAUUGCCCGAUGCUAAUCUGCAGUAUGUAACAUCUGCAUCUUUCAUACUUUUGACCUAUGCUAAAUACCUCAGCGCCUCCAAACAUCUAGUGUCUUGUGGGGGAAUGACAGUGACUCCUCGGAAGCUUAGAGCAAUAGCAAAGCGCCAGGUAAACUAUAUACUGGGGUCCAAUCCUCUGGAGAUGUCAUACAUGGUUGGGUAUGGUUCCAAGUACCCACAGAGAAUUCACCACAGAGGCUCAUCUCUGCCUUCAGUUGCUCAACACCCACAGGCCAUUGGAUGCAGUGCAGGCUUCCAAGCCUUGAAUAGCAAUGCCCCCAAUCCAAACCUUUUAAUUGGAGCAGUUGUGGGUGGCCCAGAUUGCAAUGAUCACUUUGCUAAUGACAGAAAUGAUUAUGAACAGUCUGAACCUUCAACCUAUAUCAAUGCUCCAUUAGUUGGCUCUCUGGCUUACUUGGCCCAUUCUACUCGCUCUUAGACAGAGUGCUCUGUAUCAAUGAUAGUAUUGUAACAGACUAUGUACAGCUAGUUCUGAUAUGAUAUAUAGAAUCUGAGAAUGUUAUAGAAGUAAGCUUUAGCCUAUUGUGAGGUAUGGACUCUGAGAUUGUAGUAGAAGUAAGCUUAGCCUAUUGUGAGGAUGGCCCAAAGUUGGAGUCUUGUCCCCCAUAUGAUUAUGCUGUAUUUUUUUGGUGAGCUUUAACGAAUAGACAAUGAUGGUAGAUUUUUCUACUUUUGAUUUAAA